AUGCCUCAGAAGCACAUAUUUGCACGGCCAUCGAACGUUGUAGAGGCGGGUGAUCCUGUGUCGAAGUUUAAUGCUAUCCACCGCAUUCACAACCUCCGCCAGUCGCUCAGCAGCAUUGUGGCCUCACGUGCCGCCUCUGCGGAGCGCUACGUGACGCCGCGAGACGAUGUGUGCUGCGAUGCGGGGCUCGCAAGCGUGGCGCCGACGCAGACGGCUGCGCGUGACCCACACAACUCUGCCGCCGGGCGGUUCCUCGUAUCAACGCAACGGCGGGUGGAGGAGCUGCUGCGGGAGAACCACCGCCUGGAGCUGCAGUGCAUGACGCAGGAGGAGGACCUUACGGAGUUGAAGGUAGAGCUGGAGCUGUGCAAGAAGCGGCAACUGCAACAACAGCAGCCCAUCACCGCGGCGUACGAUGUGAGAAAACAGCGGCCGAACGUCUGCAAGACACCAUCGCUCAGUCGACGCAGCAAGGCGCCGCGGCCCACACAGGAGGAGACGGACAUUGAUGACACAUUAGGCGCGUCUCAGUUUCUGUCUCUUACCGGCGAGCUUGAUGAAGCGGCGCGGCGCCUCGUUGACGUUGCGCGGACGGUGUUUCCGCAGCUUCGCGUCGCUGCUGCGGGGCCAAACGCGGAUGAUUUGGUUGCCACACGUGACGUGUUGAAUUUCAUUGAGUGCAACCUCCCUGACUGGUGCCGUCUCUCACAUGAGUGUGCGGCACUUGGAAGUACGCACACGCUCUUCUCGGAGACGCUGAUGGACCUGGAGAGCGACCAUCUAACGUGGCACAGUACCAUUCUUAGUAUUGUGGAGAGGCUGCAGGUCGCUGAAGCGAAGCAGAGACGCAGCGCACGGGAGAAGAACCGGCAGAUACGCGAGCUGCGAGGGGAGGUGCAGUCCCUCCUCGCCGAUGUGACACGUAUUGCGGGUGAGCGCGACGCGUGGAAUGACCGCUGCGAGAACCUUGAGCGUGCCCUCUGCCGGCAGGUGGAGGAACACGCGGCGGGGCGUGAACUAGUGGAACAGCUGCAGCGUGAGUGUGAGGCUCUCCGCGUCUCGGCGUCGAAGGAAGGCACUACAUCUGCUGCUGCUGUUGAGUGCGGUGGAUCGUCCACGACGCUAUCGCAUGCUAACGACGACACCGCGGAGAAUUCCGUGUGCGUUGAAAACAGCAGCGUGGAUGAGGAUGUCGCGCCACCUGCUACCCCGUUGCAUGAUGCCAAGCGACUUCACGCUUCUGUCCGCCGCCUCAUGCGAGAGCGUGAGGCGCUGCAGAAAAAACUUGACGCUCGCACCAAGGCCCUGACAGAGGCAGAGUCACAACGUCAGGCGGUGGGGGUGGAGAAGGAGCAACUUGAGGCGCAGGUUGCUAUGCUGCAGAUGGAACUAGAACGCCUGCAGAAGGAGGUAGUAGAAACGAAGCAGGCGCCUUCUCCGCCUCCCCUUCCCCCUUCCCCUUCUCUGGGUGGAGUAACAGCUGAGAAAGAAUUCUCUACACCAGAAGUCCGACGCUUCCUGCAGCCCGUGGUGUAUCGCCACUUUGGUGAUGCGGCGCCGCCACGUCCAGUCGUAGACCUUUCCUCAGUCAUCCACGCUUUUGACACAGACGUCCUUGCUGUUACGGGUGAAGAUGAGGCGGUGCGAUCAACUGGGCUAUUCUUUCAUAUUGGGUGCACCAUCGUCAAUGAGCUUGGCCUUUUCACAGAUUCUGCAGCGGCGUCCGAGGAUGCUUGGCGGCGGUUUCUCUUGCAGAUUCAAGAUGGAUUCAUCGACAACACGUACCACAACGCCGAUCACGCUGCAGAUGUGGCGCAGUUCUUUUAUGUGCUUCUAUCCCACUCAGGGCUGAUACCGUACAUGAGCCGCGUGGAGCUUGUGGCUGCUGUGAUGGCUUCGCUGUGUGUCGAGUACCGCCCCGCGGGUCUCUCUGGGCUCUUUCUCGCCGCAGCACGGGACCCUGCGGCUGCCGGCAUCAACGCCGAUAUUUUAUUCGAGCGCUGUUGCGUAGAUGUGGUUAGUGAUAUUCUGGCUCGGAAGAAUUUCGCCUUCUUUUCGGAUUGGGGGGAUGCAGAUUACGGUGCCAUCAUGGAUGCUGUGAGAAUGCUGCUUCUUCCACCGGUGUCUUCGGGCGGAACAGAGUAUCUGGUGCGAUCUGCACUCAUGGAGCUUAGCAAGGGACCAGUACAGCUGCAUGUGGCCGAGGUGCGGCGCCUAUUUGUUCGUGUGCUCCUUUCUCUUUCCAGGUACGCUUUUGUUAUGCGGCCGUUUGCUGUGAAUGAGGAGUGGGCAGAGAGGCGGCUUACUAGUAUGCAACAGCAGGCGCGGCUUGCUGAUGAGCUUGGCAUGCACGGUUUUGAAGUGCCGCCUUCUUCUCACACAGUCGUGGAUGAUCAACUGCUGCUGAUAGAAUUUACCGUCCGGCAGCUUUGCCAAGUCGCUGUUAAAGCCUUCCCCGCACUGCUUCCGUGUGAGACGGCGCUGCGCGCAAACACGCAGACGUGGGCCGCUCGCAGCGAGCAGCCAAACGCAUCCCGUUUUCUCCACGAGCUGCUCGGGCUCGCGUUGUCUCCUCCUCUUCUGCCGCCGCAUGGUGGCGCCUUGGCUGACGGUGAGGGGCACAGUGCUAUAACUGGGAAUACGCUGGGUGGGAAAAAAGAUAUAGAUCGCGGCUCUCUCCUUGUGGACACUGCACGCUUUGUCUCCUUUCAGAAGGAGCUGAUUUCUGUGUACGAGGAAAACGCGUCACUUCGGGAAUCUCUUGAAGCCGUUCUGAAGGCUGUUGAGGUUGCCCCAGUCUGCGCACCUGUGAGUGCCUGA